CUUAAGCUGGCGCGGCGCAGUUCUCGGCGGUGCCCCGUCGGGCGCGGGCAGGCCGUUUCCCCGGGACCACCUUAACCGGGCAGGGGGCGCGCGCGCCCCGGAAGCGGAAGCGAGCCGGGGCCCGCGGGGUGAGGGCGAGUGGUGACGUUUCCCUGGUCGGCGGGUAGCGGCGGUGGUUGGCGUUUCGCGGUUGCCAGCGGCGGCUGUGGGCAGUGCUGGGCGGCCUCGCCGCGGCGGGCUGAGCUGGGCUCCGCCCGCAGGCCCCGCGCCGCGCUCCCGAUUCUUCUGAGUUGUACUUGAAGCCGCCAAAAUGGUUCUAGCAGAUCUUGGAAGAAAAAUAACUUCAGCACUACGCUCACUGAGCAAUGCUACAAUUAUCAAUGAAGAGGUUUUAAAUGCUAUGUUAAAAGAAGUAUGUACAGCGUUACUGGAAGCUGAUGUUAAUAUUAAACUUGUGAAGCAACUCAGAGAAAAUGUCAAGUCUGCAAUUGAUCUUGAAGAAAUGGCAUCUGGCCUUAACAAAAGAAAAAUGAUUCAGCAUGCUGUCUUUAAGGAACUUGUUAAGCUUGUAGAUCCUGGAGUCAAAGCAUGGACACCUACCAAAGGAAAACAGAAUAUUAUAAUGUUUGUUGGUUUGCAAGGAAGUGGUAAAACAACGACCUGUUCAAAGUUAGCAUACUUCUAUCAGAGGAAAGGUUGGAAGACAUGUUUAAUAUGCGCAGACACAUACAGAGCAGGUGCUUUUGACCAGUUAAAGCAGAACGCCACAAAAGCAAGAAUUCCCUUUUAUGGGAGUUAUACAGAAAUGGAUCCUGUAAUUAUUGCCUCAGAAGGUGUUGAGAAAUUUAAGAAUGAAAACUUUGAAAUAAUCAUUGUUGAUACAAGUGGACGUCACAAACAGGAAGACUCUUUGUUUGAAGAAAUGUUACAAGUUGCUAAUGCCAUACAACCAGAUAACAUUGUUUAUGUGAUGGAUGCUUCCAUUGGCCAAGCUUGUGAAGCUCAAGCUAAAGCUUUCAAAGAUAAAGUAGAUGUAGCUUCUGUUAUUGUUACUAAGCUUGAUGGACAUGCAAAAGGAGGUGGAGCUCUUAGUGCAGUUGCUGCCACAAAGAGUCCUAUUAUUUUUAUUGGAACUGGCGAACACAUAGAUGACUUUGAACCCUUUAAAACACAGCCUUUCAUCAGCAAACUUCUUGGUAUGGGUGAUAUUGAAGGAUUGAUAGAUAAAGUAAAUGAGUUAAAGUUGGAUGAUAAUGAAGCACUCAUAGAAAAGCUCAAACAUGGUCAAUUUACGUUAAGAGAUAUGUAUGAACAAUUCCAAAACAUCAUGAAAAUGGGACCAUUCAGUCAGAUCUUGGGUAUGAUCCCUGGUUUUGGAACUGACUUCAUGAGUAAAGGCAAUGAACAGGAAUCAAUGGCAAGGCUAAAGAAACUGAUGACUAUAAUGGACAGUAUGAAUGACCAAGAACUUGACAGUACAGAUGGUGCCAAAGUUUUCAGUAAGCAGCCAGGAAGAAUCCAAAGAGUAGCAAGAGGUUCAGGUGUUUCUACCAGAGAUGUUCAGGAGCUUUUGACCCAAUACACUAAGUUUGCACAGAUGGUGAAAAAGAUGGGAGGCAUCAAAGGGCUUUUCAAAGGUGGCGAUAUGUCAAAGAAUGUAAACCCAUCUCAGUUGGCCAAACUGAACCAGCAGAUGGCAAAGAUGAUGGAUCCAAGAGUUCUUCAUCAUAUGGGUAUGUGUUGCCUUUUACAGCUUCAAGAGAGGACUAGCAAUUACAGUGGAGCCUUUGAAAUAUAGAAGUGAGGAAGGUGAUGUGAGAAUGUGUGCGUAGAAAGUUUAGUCCAUAUGUUGUGAAUGCUUUGCACUUAGCAGUGCUUAAUCUAGUCUUUUCGUUUGGAUUCAGCUCCCAAAAUGAGCAAUUGGAGUGGUAUCUGAUGAAAUAGUAAAGUGAUGACUUGAAGCUUGACUGUGGUAAAGCAAAUUUAUUCCUAAACUUCCCUUCCCUUCUCUUCUAAGCUUUGCCUCAAAUCAUUAAAUUUGACAAGAGCAGCUUUAAAUAAAUACUUCCAUACUGGAACCUUACUAAUGGAUAACGGUCAUUCCUUCAAGGUUAUUUUUGUCUAGAUCUUAACGCACAGGUCAUCUUAAAACCUACUUUAAGCCUGGUGUUUUGCAGACCUUUCUGUAAUUACUCAGUUGUCCAUUUUUGAUAGCCAUUUAAACCUGGCUUGACAGUCUUGGGCUUUUGCAUUUGUAUAUUAUUGAAAUAGUGUGUGUGCUGUAAUGAGGCCUCAGAGGCAAGCUGUGCUUCAGAGUUAAUUAACACAUCUGUGUUC